AUGCAUGCCUGUUUUCCUAUAUCGCAGAUCUGCUCAGCUGUGCCCUCGUCACGUUGGCCGUAUCAGCAGUAUUUUUGGGCGUGGGAGCCUUCGGACCAACAUUUGUUUCUAUUUAUUCAAUUCCUAGCACGUCCAUGUACCCUACGCUUCACGUCGGCGAUGCGCUUCUGGUGGAGAAGAUCUCCGUACAUAGCGCACCGCCGCAUCGAGGGGAGAUUGUGUUGUUUCGCCCGCCGAAUCGACUUAUGCGCAUCAUUCGCUCCGCACAUCAGAACGCGGCUACUGCGCACGCCAUGA